AUGUCCUCUAUGUAUUCAUACGCCUGGGACGCUUUCUUCUACCUUCUCCAUUCAGCCCACAAUGUGGCAGCUCUAAAAAGGAAAACAAAGAAGUCACGAGUGCCUGCGACCCCGGAGGACACAGGACAUGGCCAUUCCUCCUGCCCAGCAGGCAGCGGGGCGGAGGAAGAAGAAUACGAUGAACUCAUUCUCCCGGAGAAUCGCGAGGAAGGGCUGUCUCAGGAUCCUACGCAAGGUGGGUCAGGAGGGCUGAGGGAGGAUGAAGGGACCCCGCAGAGGCUGAGGCUCAUCCUGGUGGGAAAACCCGGAAGCGGGAAAAGCGCAACAGGAAACAGCAUCCUCGGCCGGAGAGUGUUCGAGUCCAAGGUCAGCGCUCGGCCCGUGACCAAGGCCUUCCAGCGGGGGCGCCGAGCGUGGGCGGGGAAGGAGCUCGAGGUCAUCGACACCCCCGACAUCCUGUCCCUGGGGGCGGCGCCGCAAGGGACUGCUCGGGGCGCCUGCGAAGCCUUGGCCUUCUCCUCGCCGGGGCCCCACGCGGUGCUCCUGGUGACGCAGCUGGGCCGCUUCACCGAGGAAGAUCAAGAGGGGGUCAGGCGCCUCCAGGAGCUCUUCGGGGCGGGCAUCCUGGCCCGCACCAUCCUGGUGUUCACGCGGAAGGAAGACCUGGACGGCGGCUCCCUGGAGGAGUACCUGCGAGAGACCGACAACCGGGAGCUCGCCAGGCUGGACGUUGUCUGUGAGCGGCGACACUGUGGCUUCAACAACAGGGCGCAGGGGGCGGAGCAGGAGGCCCAGCUGAAGGAGCUCAUGGAACACAUCGAAGGCGUCCUGUGGGAACACGAAGGCCGUUAUUACAGCCACCAGGCUUACCGUCAGUCCCAGCGCAACGUCCUGCUCCAGGGAAAGCCGGCGGGGCGGGUCCCCCAGGGCCAGGGCUCCAAGGAAGGGCUCAGUGAGGAGUCCUAG